AGGCUUGAGCAAUGUUAUGGCUCAGCUGAAGUGAUUGAGGAUACACUCUUCAAAAGAAUUGAUAUGUUCCCCAAAAUCACAUCCAAAGACUACACAAAACUCAGGAAGUUUAGUGACCUGCUCAUGGAAAUGCAGAGUGCUAAAGCUGAAGGAGACCUUCCUGGUCUUGCGUUUUUGGAUACCGCAAGAGGAUUAAAUCCAAUUGUGCAGAAACUUCCCUUCAAUUUGCAAGAAAGAUGGAUCACAGUAGGAGCUAAAUACAAACGCACACAACGUGUCCCCUUCCCACCAUUCAAUGUUUUUGUAGACUUUGUAACGCAGGAAGCUAACUCAAGAAAUGACCCCAGCUUUAACUUUACAUCGUUCCCUGACGUACCCAAACUCGACAAACUGCCAUGGAGAACAUAUAAACAAAAAGAAAUUUCAGUGCACAAAACUGAUGUAGUCUCCCGCUACAAUUUAGAUACACAGAACGGCAAACAAAGCUGUAGACAGCGACAAGCUUUGCCCAAUUCACAUGAAACCUCAUCCCCUCUCGAAGUGCAGAUUAUUUCGAAUGAAAACACUCGAUGAUCGAAAAGCAUUCUUAAAAGAGAACCACAUUUGCUUCAAAUGCUGUUCUUCAUCUACACACAUUGCAAAAAACUGUAUGGUCAAGAUACAGUGCUCUGAGUGUCUUGAUGAAAAACACUGCACUGCUCUUCACCCAGGACCAGCACCCUGGCUUAAAGAAACGGAACCUGCAGCAGAGUAUGGCGGGGAGUGUGACUCCGCUAAGUCGGAGGAGAUCACAUCCAAGUGCACACAGGUUUGUGGCAUGAACGAAGCAGGCAGAUCCUGCUCUAAAAUUAGUCUUGUUAAAGUGUACCCAGCAGGCCAUCCUGAACAAGCAGUAAGGCUCUAUGCCAUCCAUGAUGAACAAAGUAACAGGUCGUUAGUAUGUCCUGAGUUCUUUGAAUUGUUCAAUGACCGUGGCCCUAGUUCCCCUUACUCACUAAGGACAUGUGCUGGUACUAAAGAAGCAAUGGGCAGGAGAGCUACAGGAUAUGUAGUGGCAGCCAUAGAUGGUUCAGUCCACAUCCCAUUGCCUAGCCUCAUUGAAUGUAGAAAUAUCCCAAACGAUAGAGAUGAAAUUCCCACACCCAGUGCAGCUAUGCAACACAGUCACCUAAAGUCAGUAGCUCACCUCAUCCCUGACCUGGACUCUAAUGCCCCUAUACUCAUGCUUCUCGGACAGAAUGUUAUUAGGGUUCACAAAGUCCGUAAACAGAUAAGUGGCCCUAACAACGCACCCUAUGCUCAAAAAUUGGACCUCGGGUGGGUCAUAGUAGGAAACGUGUGUUUAGGUGAUGUCCACAAAACUCUCGCUGUGAAGACGUUGUUCACAAAUACAACUGAGAAGGGGCGUCCUACAAUGUUUGAGCCAUGCCCCAAUAUAUUUAACGUAAUAGAGAGACAUUGUGAGAUACAAGUUCCAUUCAGCUUCAGCACUCAACUUGUGGAUAGCGCUUGUGAACCUGAUCAUUUAGGAUGUAAUGUGUUCAAACAAACCAGACAUGACAAUUACAUCGCACCCUCCAUUCAGGACAAAGCCUUCUUGAAAAUAAUGGAAGAAGGACUGCAAAAGGACACAGACAAGAGCUGGACAGCUCCAUUACCAUUCAAGUCGCCACGUCAAAAACUACCUAACAACAGACCGCAUGCCCUGAACCGCUUAAUGUCUCUUGUUCGGAGCUUUGAAAGGAAAGAAGAAAUGAAGGAACAUUUCAUCACGUUUAUGGACAAAAUAUUUGAAAACAAACAUGCAGAGCUUGCCCCUCCACUGAAAGACGAAGAGGAAUGUUGGUAUUUGCCACUAUUCGGUGUCUACCACCCUCGCAAGCCCAAACAGAUUAAGGUCGUCUUUGACAGCAGCGCAAAGUACAAGAAUGUGUCACUAAAUGAUGUGUUGUUGACAGGCCCAGACCUUAACAACUCACUGUUAGGUGUCCUAAUACGCUUCAGAAAAGAAGCUGUUGCCUUCACAGCUGACAUUGAACAGAUGUUUUAUUGUUUCAAUGUUCGAGAACAAGACAGAAAUUACUUGCGGUUUUUGUGGUUUCGUGACAAUGACAUUUCCAAAGACAUUGUAGAGUAUAGGAUGAGAGUCCACGUCUUUGGGAAUAGCCCAUCACCAGCAGUGGCCAUAUACGGCUUACAUCAGUCUGUUCUACGCAACCAGCCAGAUUGCGAUCCAGAUGUCAAGCAGUUUGUCACACACGACUUCUACGUAGACGACGGACUCAAAUCUCUCCCCACUGUUGAAAUGGCUGUGUCCUUAUUACAAAGAACCCGUGACACACUUGCAAACUCAAAUCUAAGACUGCAUAAAAUAGCAGCUAACAGAAAAGAGGUACUCGAAGCAUUCCCUUCACAAGAUCAAAGUCCCUCAAAUGACUCUUUCGAACUUGUUGAGCCUUGCACGGACUCUGAUGUCAGACCACAGGUGUCUACACUCAAAACCACAAUCUCAACCAAACAACUUGGCUCUGACAGAUUCAACAAGUUUUCGACAUGGAAGUCUCUCAAGCGUGCUGUUUCGAGACUACUGCACGUCAUACAUAACUUCAAAUCACUGCCAAGCAAAAUCAAUCACUGCCGUGGUUGGCACUACUGUGAGACAGGACUCACUGUGGACGAGUCAAACCAAGCCCAAAACAUAAUCAUUCAAGCAGUACAACAGGAUGUGUAUGCCAAGGAAUUGAAGUGUGUGCAAAAACACGAUAAACUACCCCGAACCAGUCCUCUCAAAAACCUAGACCCCUACCUGGAUCAAAAUGGACUUCUUAGAGUAGGAGGUCGCAUCUGUGAUUCGAACUUAAGCCAAGGUGAAAAGAACCCACUCAUAGUUCCUGGCCACCACCAUAUUGCAGCUCUUCUCAUUAAGCACUACCACGAGCAGACCCAACACCAAGGGCGCCUUUUCACAGAAGGAGCUGUUCGCUCUGCAGGAUGGUGGAUUGUAGGUGGCAAGAGAAAGGUGAGCACAAUCAUCUAUCAUUGUGUAACCUGCAAAAGACUUCGUGCCCCUAUGAGUACACAAAAAAUGUCAAACCUCCCUCCAGACCGUCUUACAACGGACCCCCCAUUCACUAAUGUGGGCUUAGAUGUUUUUGGCCCAUGGUUUGUGUCUUCACAGCGCACAAGAGGAAGUAUCAUCCAAAAUAAAAGGUGGGCUGUCUUAUUCACGUGCUUGAGUAUUAGAGCAGUUCACAUUGAGGUGAUAGAGUCUCUCGAUACCUCUAGCUUUGUUAAUGCAUUCAGACGGUUUCUGGCAGUAAGAGGACCUGUAAAAAGCAUUCGCUCUGAUAGAGGUACCAAUUUUGUCAGUGCAUGUAAAGAACUGAAGAUCCCCUCAAAUUUAGACAACACAGCUGUACAAACCUACCUUAAAGAACACGGAUGUACAUGGACUUUUAACCCUCCACACACUUCCCACUUUGGCGGGUCAUGGGAAAGAAUGAUUGGACUUGCCCGGAAAAUAUUGGACACAAUGUUUUUCCAGCUCAAGACCACUAAACUCACUCACGAAGUUCUUGUCACCUUUAUGGCAGAAGUGGCGGCUAUUAUAAACGCAAGACCCCUUGUCCCUGUUUCAUCGGACCCAAGUGACCCUUUCACUUUGACCCCGGCCACUCUUAUAACCCAAAAGGUAACCCCUCUUAAGGCUCCAGUUGGCAACUUUACAGCGUCAGACCUCUACAAACACCAGUGGCGCCAAGUCCAGCACCUGUCAAACACCUUCUGGGACAGGUGGAAGAAGGAGUUCCUUCCCACUCUCCAACCACGUCGCAAAUGGCAUUCUAGCCAGCUUAACGUGAGCGUAGGUUCGGUCGUUGUACUCAAAGACAGCCAAAUUUCCCGAAAUGAAUGGCCUCUUGCACGUGUAACUCAGGUGUUCCCAAGUAAAGAUGGCAAAGUGCGUUCAGUAGAGCUAAGGGUAGUCAGGUCAGAUGAUACAAAGGUGCUGACCAGACCCAUCUCAGAGAUUGUACCUUUGAUUAUUUCAUGAGAGGUACCGGUAUCUGUUUUUUCCAGUAAUUUUUGUGGCGUUUAUCCACGCCAAGCGGGGAGUGUUCUGUUACAACUAAAAGUUGUAAACUGUUGUUGAAAUGUGUUGUGCUUAAAUAAGCUUGUUACGUCAUUAACAUUACAUGUGUAUUUGUCGCCAUCAUGUGGUCAUGGCAGUUAUUACAUCAUUGAGAAGUAUGUAUUUUGAAUCAAACUUUAUUGACCGGAAGUUGCAUAAGCCAAGCAGAGAAAUCUACGGUGCCAGCAUGUACUUUAUGGUGGUUAUUUUCGAAGAAAUACUGCAUAUAUCUUUUGUUUAAGGUUGCAUCGCCGUUUCACCCUUUUGAAUGUCAAUAAACCUGCUGACAACGCUCAUCGGUCUCCAGAGUCGUGACGUAAGAAAGGUGUUAAACAGCCCUUGCAUCAGACAUGCACCCCUAACGGC